GGCGGCGCUAAGGCCCCGCGGCGGCGGCGGCGCUGCCGUGUUGACAGCGGCGGCCGCGCCGGGAGCUGCCCCGGGAAGCGGGUUGGCGGCGCCGGUUCUCCGCUCCCAGCUCCGCUAUGGCUUUCAUGGAGAAGCCGCCGGCCGGCAAGGUGCUGCUGGACGACACGGUGCCGCUGACAGCGCAGAUCGAGGCGAGCCAGAGCCUGCACUCGCACACGGAAUACAUAAUCCGUGUCCAGAGAGGAGUUUCAACAGAAAACAGCUGGCAGAUUGUGAGGCGAUAUAGUGACUUUGACUUGUUGAAUAAUAGCCUGCAGAUCUCAACUCUAAGUCUACCUCUUCCUCCAAAAAAGUUGAUUGGAAAUAUGGAGCGUGAAUUCAUUGCUGAAAGACAGAAGGGCCUCCAGGCCUACCUGGAUGUAAUUACCACCCAUCACAUACUGUCCAACUGUGAACUGGUAAAGAAAUUCUUGGACCCAAACAGCUAUUCUGUAAAUUACACUGAAAUUGCCUUACAGCAUGUUUCAAUGUUCUUCCGAUCAGAGCCAAAGUGGGAAGUAGUUGAACCAUUAAAAGAUAUAGGUUGGCGAAUACGUAAGAAAUAUUUCCUAAUGAAAAUUAAGAAUCAACCAAAGGAACGGCUAGUGUUAAGCUGGGCUGAUCUUGGCCCUGAUAAAUACUUGUCUGACAGAGACUUACAGUAUGCUGUGAAACUUCUUUCUUCCUGUUCUCAUCCCUAUAUUUACAAAAUCACUUUUGCCACUGCCAACGAAUCUUCAGCGCUGGUUAUUAGACCAUUCAGUGAAAAAGGGACACUAAAGGACCUUAUUUAUAAGGCAAAGCCAAAAGACCCAUUCCUGAAGAAGUAUUGCAAUCCUAAAAAAAUUCAAGGUCUUGAACUUCAGCAAAUAAAAACAUAUGGAAGGCAAAUAUUAGAGGUAUUAAAAUUCCUCCAUGAGAAAGGAUUUCCUUAUGGCCAUCUUCACUCUGCCAAUGUGAUGCUGGAUGGGGAUACCUGCAAGUUACUGGAUCUAGAAAAUUCCUUGUUGGGACUCCCAUCGUUUUAUCGAUCCUACUUUUCCCAGUUUCGGAAAAUUAAUACUUUAGAGGGUGUUGAUGUUCAUUGCUUUGGACACUUACUGUAUGAAAUGACCUAUGGAAGACCUCCAGACACCAUUCCAGUGGAGAGCUUCCCCCCUGCUCCAUCAGUGUUUGUUGUGUCAGUGUUGGAGUCCAUUCUGACUUGUGAAGCUCUGAAGAAUGGGAUGCCAACUGUCUCACGGCUCUUACAGAUGCCAUUAUUCAGUGAUGUCCUGCUAACAAACUCUGAGAAGCCACAGUUUAAGAUUCCUACUAAGCUAAAAGAGGCAUUGAAAAUCUCCAAGGAAUGCAUAGAAAAGCGAUUAACAGAGGAACAGAAAUUGAUUCACCAGCACAGAAGGCUGACAAGAGCUCAAUCUCAUCAUGGCUCUGAAGAAGAAAAAAAGAAAAGGAAGAUCUUGGCACGAAAAAAGUCAAAACGUUCUGCCAAUGAAAGUGGGGAAGAACACUCAGCCAAAUACAGCAACUCAAAUAACUCAGCAGGCUCUGGGGCCAGUUCUCCUUUAACAUCUCCAUCAUCCCCCACUCCGCCCUCCACAGCAGAGCAUGCAUCAUUUUGAACGUGAAUUUUCGGAAAAGUAAGCUAAUGCUGAUUUAUCUCUUUAAAGAUGCUCUGUUUCUCAAUGGGAAAGUUGGAUGCAAAUCUUCAAGUUGCUUAGUAUUGGGAGGGAAUAGAAGAAAAAAAAUCUGAAUGUUCUUACAGAUUAUUUUAAUGAAAUACAGCAUCUUUAAAAACUAUCACUAAAAUUAUUUUCUUUGUUCACAUCCCAUUCUCAGCCAAGUUUUUAAUGCUGUUUGCACAAUUGCUGUCACUUUAAAUUCAUAAUUAAGUUUUUGUUUCAAUUCAGGCAUCAAGUUUACAGCAUCUGAUUUACUUCCUAUUCCUUUUAACACACUCUUUUAACAAAAAUGUCCCUGUAAAAACCCUUGGUAAGUUCUUGUUUGAGUGUUUUAUUCUUACAACUGCAUGAAUGAAUAAAAUGUGUGUUUGCAGGCAGCAUCCUUCAAUGUAUGUAGUGGAAAGGCCUGGUGAUAGCUAAGCACUUGUUUCAAAUGUUUUUUCUAGUAAAUACAGGAAAAGAUUUCACUGUAGGGCAGAACAAUUUCCUCUGUAGAUGUAAAUGUGUAUGAAUGCAUGUGUGUGAACUCAGAUUUCUUUGCACCACUCGUGUCAAGAAGGGAAGGGCAGCUUGGUGUUGGUUACCUGACUGAAGUGAAUGGAUUUGAAGAUUUUUGAAGAUUUCUUAAUUAACAGGUUCAAUAUAUAAUGCUCAUAGCUGGCCAGAUGUCAUUCUGAACCCUGAGUGUAUUUAUGUCUCACAGCAGAGCUCAAGUGUAAGGGUGUAAUUCUCUGUUAGCAGUCUCCCAAGAGUUCAACUACAGCUCAAUUUCAAUAAUAGUGAGUCCUGAGGAAUUUAACACAUUUCCAGGAAGAAAGGUGAUCUCUGCCCCGACAACCCUGACUUUUCUACUCUUGUAAAAUAACCAGCCCAAAAUUUGAAGAUAGCAUGUGGAAUAUUGGCCUACUAAUACUUAGUGAUCCAAGCAUUUUGUGUCCUUUUUGCCCUCUGUGUGUUGAACAUGUGCCUUCUUUCACCACAUUACCACUGUAUUUGUAUUCCUGCCCACUGCUUUUAUAGGUCAUUCCCUAUUGCAUCUUGUACAACUCCUUGCAUAGUCUCUUUCAGCCUCACCUUGCAAUUCCAGACAAAAUCUUGUCUUUGUUCUCUGCAGUUCUUGCAUCUCUUUGAUGCAUUUCUUCUGUGAUGAGCUGCUCUUGGUGCUUUCACAGCAGUUUGCAUGAUCUGUUUGGAGUUAGGUUGGUGCACCAGUCCUGCUCUGACCACUUCAACCACUAAAUGAGUUCUUGGACUGCUCUUGGUCUUAUUCUUCCUUUGGACAAGUGCCAAGUUUUUCUUUCCUGGCAUCCAUCCACAAGAGAAACAGGACUCUAGUGCUGGGAAUGUUUAGUCAGUAUUUCUAACAGUAAAUUGAUGUACAUCUUUGGCAAGUGUAAAAAGCAGAUUUGUGUAAGUUAGAAGGCCCACUAUGCAAUUUAUUUCAGCUUGUGCUGCCAUCCUGUGAAGUUUUGGUUCCCUCAGAAAGCAGUUGAUUCACAUACAACAGGCAGGUUAAAUUGUUUCAGUUGAUCUCUGGUGUUUCUAUUAGGACUUGAGUAUUUCCUCUGGAAGGGAAGAGAGUGAAGAUGAGCUCAAUGUGUACUUCAAUGCUUUGUUUUCACAGAAGGCUUUUGUGCCAAUGAGAAUUUCUCCUGCAGAGCUGGAAGUGCUACAGUCACAGCACACAUUAAUGUACACUGCCAAAAUUGGAUGCUUUAUGUGAAUACUCUUCAUUUUGAGCUUGCUGUCAUAUGGGAAAAAUCUUUCUUCAAAGACUGGUACAGAUAGAAAAUGAGGGAGUUUUGAAUUAUGUCUUUCAUCUAGUAUAACUGCUUGUUUUAAUAACAGCAGUUCUGUUUUUACUGUUGCUUGUUAGCCUAAAAACAAUUGUUGAUGAGGAAUUGACAGACAAAUGGAGCACAGAGAACUUUUGUCUGCUUUUUUUCUGUAGCUGAGCUUUAUCCUUCAUCAAAUCCCUUUUGAGUCUGAGUGGCAUAAUGUUACAUAAUUACUUGAUAUUUGCUCACUUCUACUUGAUAUUUGUUCACUUCAGGGACAACAGUCUCUUGGUUGCCUUCAUGUUGUUUUCCUUGCCCAGUAUCACAGUUCUUGCACUUUCCAGCAUAUUCCUCUUUGUAGGUCAGAGCUACUGGAAGCAAGUGUUACUAGGUGCCAUUUGUCUCUUCAGUCUUCCUAUGGCAUAAGUCAUGAUCUAGAUUAGAGUUCAAAUUCGCUGCUGAGCAGUACCAGGAUAUUAAUCUUUAUGUCCCUACUCCUUCCAGAACAUGGGACAAGAUGGCCCAUUGUUAUUUGACUGGUGUAGCAGUGGUGUAGCAGCAGGGCUGCACAGGAUCAGGGUGUUGGAGAGUGCCUGGGUGAAUGAGGGAAUCCACUUGCCUGGCUCUGGAGUGCCAGGAACAGCUCCCUGCAGGCCUCACUGCUGGGGCAGCUGCACGUUCCACUGUGGGCUCUGGCUCCCCAGGGAGUCAGGACGUGCAGGCUGAGGUUGGAUGAGAAGCAGAAAGUGGAUGUGGCAGGGACAGAGUACAAAGGUGGGAACAGGAGAGGCAGGCUGGAGGUGUGUGUGACAGUGUUGUGAUUCAUUCAGUCUGUCAAAACAACCAUGUGUUACAACAUAUUUGGAGAAAGUCAAACAGAACUUUGGAAGUGUAAAACACUUCCAGAAAACUCUAUCUGCAGUUAGUACUCUAAAAAUGAGGUAUAAUCUGGCCAAGCGAAAUGGUCAUCACGGAUAUUACAGGGAUGUGGUUCUUCAUUCAUAGGAUUGUAAAGUGAGUUAUGUAAGUAAGAACAGGAAUUAAAAUUUGCUUCCAGCCCUUGUUGCUGUUCAUGUCCCACAGAACAUGAACAGCCUCACUAGGGACAAGUAGGAGCAGCUGAAACUGGGAAAUCCCAUUCAGUGAUCCCUGUUUUCCUUGGUGCAAGAUCACACAUGAGUCAUGUUUUGCAUCUGAGUCCUGAGGCCCUUCAGCCUUCAUUUCAGAGGUGUCUCAGCUGCCAUGACAUCUCACCUGCAGAUAGAGGGAUUGGAUCACUUUGGCAUUUUCCAUCUGUUCUGUUCUUCACACUCACUGGCAUUCGAGGGAUGACGGGACUGGUGCAGGACUGAGCAAGUCCAGCCACGCAGCCCCUGGGGCAGGACCUGCCUGGCAUAACCAAACUCCACCUUCUCUCCCGAAUG